UCCAGCGGAGCUUGCGGAGACUACAGCUCCCAGCAGGCGGCGCGGCAGGGGCUCACGCACGCGCAGCCCAGACCCUGGGAACCGGGACCUGCGGCGGCCUUCUGGGGAAGGAGGAUGGCUGCGGCGGGGCUGCGGCUCUCCUUACUGAGGCUCUCUGAGAUGCCGGCGGCGCUCGGGCGCCAGAGCCGACUUUACAGCACGUCGCACGCCUUUGCUGAGGUGCUACAGCUGCCGAAGGUGCAGCAGACGAAGUUGCUGUAUCCGCUGCAGGAACUCGAGCGGCACCUCGCCCCAGAUGCGAGGUCCGACCUUCACCUGAGAGUCUUCGACCCCAGCCCGGAGGACUUGGCGCGGGCCGAUGAGGUGUUCACCGCCACCGCCCGGAACCGCAUCGAUUACGUCAGCUCGGCCGUUCGUCUCGACCACGCCCCGGACAUCCCCUGGCCCGAGGUGUGUUUUAUAGGCAGAAGCAAUGUUGGAAAAUCCUCCCUAAUAAAGGCUUUAUUUUCACUGGCGCCUGAGGUUGAAGUCAGAGUCUCCAAAAAACCGGGACACACAAAGAAAAUGAAUUUUUUUAGAGUUGGAAAACAUUUUACAUUGGUGGACAUGCCAGGUUAUGGCUACAGAUCACCUGAAGAUUUUGUUGAAAUGGUAGAGACCUAUCUAAAAGAACGAAAAAAUUUGAAAAGAACAUUUUUAUUAGUGGAUAGUGUUGUUGGAAUUCAAAACAACGACAAUAUUGCCAUAGAAAUGUGUGAAGAAUUUGCAUUGCCAUAUGUGAUGGUAUUAACAAAAAUUGACAGAUCUUCCAAGGGACAUCUUUUAAAACAAGUGCUUCAGAUACAGAAAUUUGUUAACACACAAACACAAGGAUGUUUUCCUCAAUUGUUUCCUGUAAGUGCUGUGACCUAUUCUGGAAUCCAUCUAUUGAGAUGCUUUAUAGCAAAUAUAACAGGAAAUCUUAGAUAGUAGCUCCCAGUGUAGCCAAAGACAUAGAAAACUUCUUUAUGCCAACUGGAGUUAAACCUAGAAUUUCAACAUUGUUUUAAGUGUUGUGAUCACUGCAGAUUUAAUUAAACCUGCGCCUUCCCGAUGUAAGAAUGAAUUUUGCCUGGAGAAAAUAAAGUUUAUGAAUAACCGAAAAUGCUGUUCACUAAGACAGAUACUAGUUGAUGUUCUUAUUUUAACAAGUUGACAACCAAGAACAGACAGAAGUCCAUAAAAUGAAAACCUAUUACUAACUACUAUGUAGAGAAGCAUUUGCUGUGUUAUUUAUUGGGCUUUUAUCUUUUAAGAAAAUGGACUAAGUAAAAGGGGCAGCUUUUCUGUUAAGCAUUGAUGAUGCUUUUCUGUUAAGCAUUGAUAGGCAAGAUGAAGGAUAAAUGCCUAUAGUUAAUAUUUUUCUUUAAGUUCUUAUUUGAGUAUCUUCUUGUUAAAAUUUGUCAAUCCAGGUUGGAAACACCCAAAAGACCAGAAUUCAAGUUCCAGUUCUGAUGUUUUCUAUGUUCUGAAUUGUGGGAACAUUACUUGAACUAUCUAAAUGUCAUUUGUAACUGUAACCUUGCAAGCUAUUAAAAUUAUAUAAAGUGGUGUCACAUGAGAUAAUAUGGUAAUAGACAACUAUUCAAAAUUGCACACGAACUUUAUGGCCACCCUGUAUGUGUGACAGCUGCAUAGCUGUAAAGCCACACCAACCAAAUAUAGCAAGAUUCACAGCUAGAUUUAUCACAGGAAAGAAACACACUGUCAUGGGGGAAAUAUUUUCUCCAGUAAAAAGCAAAAAAACAAAAACUAGCUUUAAGUGGGAAAACUAAUUUGCAAAAGGCAAGAGAAUAAAGUCAGAGAUAGUUUAGACUUGGCACAUUUAAGAUUCAGAAUAGAAAGAUAAAGGUAACUGAAGUUAACAAAAAAAAUUUAUGAAGAUGCCACUGACCUAUUUAUAAAAAUGGCUUAGUUUUUCAAAAUGAGGCUGAACAUUAAAAGGUUAUAGGGAUAGUGCUAGAUAUAAAAUUAAACUAUAAACCGUCUUUGUGGGGGUUUUUUUAGAAAAUUCGAUUCUGAAUAUAUUGUCAGUUGUUUUAUA